AUGGCAUCAACAUCAACCUCCACCACCUCUGGAGCGUCGGCAACCUGCACAGGCAACCGCUGGAUCCUCCCCGUCCAGGACGUCGCGUGCGCCCUCCCAGCAACAGGAAACUACACCUCCAUCAUGGACAAGUGCUGUCACCCGGCAUCCGUCACGAAAUACAACGACGGGUGCGACCUGUACUGCCUCGCGCAGGGGCAUAGCAUGGGCGAGUUACUGAACUGUAUUAAGGAGAACGGCGGCAAUAAGGAUGUGUUCUGUGGGGGUCAGUUGAAUGCUACCGCGACGGCGAGUUUGACUUCCACUGCGUCGAGUACGGGGACGAAGACGGGGGCGAGUGCAAGUGAGACGAGCCAUAGUGGUGCUGCGUCGAAGCGAGUGUCGGUUUUGGGGGUGGGGUUGUUGAUAUUGGUUGUUUGUGGGAUGGUUGUUUGA